CGUUGUCAUUACAAAAUUAGAAGAAAACAAAAUUGCAAAAAUGCUUUAGGUCUAUUGUGCUAAUUAUUUAAUAAUAGUUUUUAAGAGUAGUAUAUAGUGAUAGUAGGUAUAUGAGUAUGUCACUAACCAAGCUCUUAAAAGCUCCAGUAAAAUUGUUUAAGAAAGAAGUAAUAACAUUUGUGGUCGUUCGAAGAUAUGACUUGGGGGAGCUCGAAGACAGUCUCCGCUACAUAGCAGUAAGGCCUUCGGCCUCGAUUUCGGUGUUACGUCAAAAAGUAUGGCAUUUACUGGACCUGCCCGAUUUUUGUGAAGAGGUCAUCCUACUCAAGGCAAACAAUGAAGUGAUACCGCUGACCGAGUUAAGAAAGGGCAAUGACCCCCAGAACCCGUUCGUCCUUGAAGUUUGGUUGCCUAACCAUGGUGAUCGUCUUACAUCCUCAACGACUGUUCAUAACAAUAUGCUGACCAUCGGCAAUGGAGAAAAUCAAUCGCAAUUUUCAAAUAGACAUAAAAAUGAUACAACGAUCUACGAGAACACCCUCAAGGAGCACGACGAUAAAUUCUGUGCUGGUACCUGCUUUUCUCAAUCAACACUAUCGAACGAAACAAUGGCGUUUAACAAAGUUCGCAUUGCAGCCAACAAACAAACGGCGAACACUUUACUAUCGGAUAUCAAAAAGUCUGAUAUAUCUUGUCGAAUCUCCAGCACUUCACUCUUCAGACUGAAUAGAGGGAAGAGUCGCGAUAACUUUACGAAUAUUUUGUUAAAAAUACAAAGUGAUUUGUCUACGUUAAGUAAUAAACUGUCUGUGUUGGAAAACAAGCUGCCCGCGUGAAUUUCUGGUUUGAAUGUUUAUUUCUGAAACUAAAUAAAGGAAUCAUUGUCUUCUAUUGUUCGUUUUUUUUUUAAGUUUUUAUUCAUAG